AUGGCGGACCCUCCAAAGGCCGAGGAGUAUCAAAACUUUUCAUUUCCCAAUGACGAAAUGCCGCUAAGCUCGAUCAUUCCAGCUGUACAAGAAGUAAGGAAACGUAGACCUCCAUUUGUUCCCUCUGUUGGACUUCCAAAUGUGAUUAGAACACCGCAGGAACUGAUGGUAGAAAGAGCUAUGGAAAACUGCGCUUUCAAGUCAGUUUUGGCUGGAGUCGUAGGUACUGUAAGAAGAUAAUUUAUAAAAACAGCCCACUUCCUUUUUGGUUCAUUAAUUUACCUAGCACGUUAUUAAUAUUUGAAGAAACUGUUUCUACGGCUCUUACUGGAUACGGGACCACCAAUUCUUCAGGCGUGCCCAAUCGAUAAAAAUCGAUCAUCGGAAACCAAUCACUAUAAUCAAUAUAUACGAUAAAAAUUAAUCGAUUUAUAUCAAUAAUCGAUACUCGCAAUGCAAGUCCACUUAAUUGUAUUGAUUUUUAUCAGCUUUACUAAAAUUAAUGGGUUAUAGUUUGGUCUGUAUGCGGGAAAAAUGGGGAAAGUGGCGGGAUAUCUUUUCAUUUGUCUGACAAUCACCAUAAAUGAAGCGAUGAUCUCAGAGAUUAAAUGAUGAUCACAUUGCCAUUUCAGUAAUGUUUGACAAUGUUAUGUAUCGGUCAAAUUGAAGCUUCAACAUCCCCAGGCAUUUGACACCUUUGCCAUCAUGGGGAGGAGGGAAUUUGAUUAUCAGAGUCUUCCAGGGGGUGGGGAAUUUGAUCCCCAUGCGUUAGGGGUGGGGAAUUUGAACUGCACCCUCGAUUUCAUGUGAAACCUCUGGCGUGGCGAGCUGUCAUGGGGGACGCGGUGUUAGAGGAUUUUCGUGUAAAAGAUUGUGCCUUUAUGGCCAAUUGGUUACAAGGUUUGUGCCGUAUUUGAAGGUAUUUAAAUUUUAAUAUUUGUAAUACUGGAUUCAGGCUUUGAAUAUAUGAAUGUAUUUUAAAAGUUGUCUUUAUAAUGAAUUACAAUACCUAUACCGGCGAUUCAAUACAACAAUAAAAAGCUCAACAGAGGUCAAUUACUUUGACCUGCCACAUGUAUGUUAAUUAAUAAGGUGAGCGAUGAUGCAUGUCAGUGAAUUUGUCAUGAUGUAGUAAUCUCAAUAGGCGGGAUUUUUUUUAAAGAACGCAUUGUUUGUUGCAUGACACACGAAGAAACUCUGAGCCUUCAGUGACCUUGUAGCAGCGAUUUCCACCGCUUUGCACGAGACUUUUGUUCGUCAUAAAUACGCUAACAGUGCUUUUCAGUUUUUGUUUUAUGGAAUAAGAAUUAUUUGCUGUAUUCAUAGAGACUUUGUUCGACAACUGAAGGCGUUUCUGCCAUCCUUCUGUCAUUUAUGUGCCUGUGAAAUGUCCUUGGGGUGGGAAAUCUGAAUGGACCCUAGUGUGGGGCAUUUGAAUGGCAUUUUGGCCUGGGGGAAUUUGAACAACAAUUUUCAAAAAAAUCAAUUUGACCGAUACAUUAGUUGUGCAAUGACAGCAAAGAAAACUGCCAAAAAGUUUACUGCACAUUCAGAGUUUUUGCUUUGCUUAUUUUCUGACUUCCAUUGUUGUUGUGGUCGCGCCAAGCUCGCAAGUAGCCUAACCAUGAAAAAAUUUUGGUUUUUGGGGAGGGGGCGGAUUUAGGGGUUUUGAUCAAGAUAUCUAACAAGCACCACCAUUUGGUGAGUACCCACCCUCCUUGAGAGUUGUAUUUUUUAGAUCUCCUUGUUUUGUUUGUUUGUGUUGGUUCUUCAUUAUCAGCAGGCUGGUUCAUACAGGUCUUGGAAAACCGGUAGAGUUAUGGAAUUUAAGAAUAUUUCAUUUUCAAGGCCUGGAAAUUCAUGGAAUUUACUUUUUGGUCCUAGAGAGUCAUGAAUAAUUAAAAUUUUGUUUGGUAGAUUAGUUACUGCAGAUGGCAAAGCAAUAAUUAUAAUGUAAGAUAAAGAGGAGUAAUAAAACAGCACGAAUGUCACGCAUCUUAGUGGAUAGCAGAGUUUUUUUCUGUUGAACUGUUUAAGGUCAACAAAAUAUGCUAAAACAAGGAAAGUUUUGAAAAUUUUCGAAAGUGACAGCUAAACCUACGGUCAUGGAAAAACCCACGGCAAGUCAUGGAAUUUGAAGAGCUCAAAAGGGUGCGAACCCUGCUAGUACCUGCAGGAGGUAGCCCAAGUAUUACAUGGCUAUGACUUGACAGCUUUUUUGUAGGGGCAGAGGGUUUUGUGUUGUUGCUGAGGAAUGUUAUGGAGUCAUAAAGACUAAACAUUAUUUUCUUCUAAUAAUGCACAAAAACAAGGCUGAACUACAAAUGCCAGCGCCACACAACUGGCAUGUUUGCCUUGUUCUUGAUGUUUGUUUUUUAAAGUGUGAAUCUGCAAUUUAUCACCCAUACAGGUUAUGGUCUUGGUGCUGUGUUUGGCCUUUUUACUGCUGGAAUGGACUCAUCCAUGCCCAAUCCUAUGACUGGAGUUGCUGAUCAAUCAGCUAAGGCUAUUCUCAAAGACAUGAGAUCUCGUGCAGUUUCUUAUGGAAAAAAUUUUGGUGUGGUGGGUUUCAUGUUUUCUGGAACUGAAUGCCUUGUAGAGUCUGUAAGUACAUAAAGAUAUGUCUAAAUGACACCUCCCCCCCCCACUCCUCACUGUUUAAGUUUAAAAUAAAGUGAUUAUGUUAAUUAUUUUUACCAAUAUUUUUUCAUUCUUUAACUUGAAUGUUUUUUCUGCUAAGAUCAGUCAGUGAAGUACAAGUCACUAGAUUUCCAAACGAGGGCCAAAGGCGCAAGCUUCUAGGGGGAUCUUGGGCAUGCACCCCAGUGAAUUUUUUUGGAUUUUUGCUCCCUAAAGUCACCUUUUGUGGGUUUCUGAGUUAUUUAGUCAGGAUAUUGGCCAGAUUUUAACUUGAAAAGUUUUUUUUCAUUAAAAAUGUAUUAAUUAUUUUAUUUAUGAAAAAUCGGACCAAUUUUUGUAAAACAGUGGAAACCAAUGUGGAUCUGCGCCUGAUCUGGCAAGGGUUUCCUUAUCUUGAUAUUUUGGUAUAAUUUGCAGUUUCGAGGAAAAAGUGACUGGAAAAAUGGAACGCUUUCAGGUGGAAUCACUGGUGGACUCCUUGGGCUGAGAGGUAUUGACACUGCAGAAUAGUGAUCCUGCUUAGAUUAUCUUUUAGAUAAAAACAAUAAUGCAUCUUUCAAAGCCAAAAGCUAUGACAGCGUUGAGCAAUAAAUGAUUUAGCCCCAUUUUAGUCCCAUCUGCUAACUUGGAUUAGUCCAGGAGAGUAAGAAGAAAAACUGAGUUGGGAAGGGUGUCAAUGCUAGAUAUAACAUACUAAAUUGUUUCAAGCACCAAAAGUCUUUGGUCAUUAUAGCAAUUUCCCACUCAACUCAAAAAUAAUUUGCUAGUGUAUUGAUCUCCUUUGAGUUUUUUCUUCUUCCAAAUUUUUCAUAGCUGGUGGAAAAGCAGCCGUUAUGGGUGCACUUGGAUUUGCAGCAUUUUCAACUGUUAUUGAUUACUACCUCAGAUGACCAACCCAUAGACUGGAUUAUCGCCAGCCACUGGAGAUCCCAAGACAAUGUUUUGUCUAAUAUGAGUACAGAGAUAGGUGAAACACUUUUAUCCAACAAGCUGUCACUGCCAUUGGUGGGUCAUAGAGUUUAACAAGACUUUGCCAGCAAAAUCUCUGAGAAAAAGGAAAGAUGCAGUGAAACCCUGGCUUACAGCCACCUUGGUAAUACGGUCACCUCGUUAUUACGGCCACUUUUUUUGGCCACCCAGCAAGAACCAUCAUACUUUUUCGUAUAAAAAAACCCUCAUUAAUACAGCCACCCUGUUAAUACAGCCAAUUUUUUUUGGCCCAUUGGUGACUGUAUUAAUAGGCUUCCAUUGUAGUUCAGUUGGUACUGUGACUGAAUAAGGUGGUUCAUAGUGGAAGUAAUAGCAACAAAAUAUGAACAAAGAGAUAAGAAGGGUGAAACAAUGGCUUUGCUGAAAAUGUUGAUCAUUCUUUAGUUUUCUCAUCCAUGCAAGACAAGACAGUGAAAUAUCUUCUUUUCAGGACAAUAAUUUUCCUUUAUUUUUUAUCUCAAAACUGAGCCUGUAAUCAGGUCAGGUUCUGUAGAGGAUAGUUCACAAAUCACAAAGGUUAUGCUUCACCGACUUAGGGUGCAGUUAAUUUAUAGCAUUUUCGAAUAAGAACUGACACAUAACUCUUUUCUGGGAAUUUUUAAGUUAUUCAAAGAACUGCAUGUAUUUAAGUACCAAUCAAACAGGUGCAAGUAUUCAAUCAAUCUCACUGUAAGGCACUUCGAAACAGUAGCACCUGGUUGUAAGGUUCUUAAAAAAAAUGAUUAAUCUGGAUUUUAAAAGGUCAUUUGCGGGUUGCUUGACUCUCAUAGUCAAUUUGUGGUUACCUGGAGGCCACAGCCAGCGAACACAGAUGUAUUUCCGGAAGGGACGACCCGAUAUACGUCUGUGUUCACUGGCUAGGAAGCCCUGAUUGAUUGACGAAAUGUCAUGACACAAAUGGUGUGGGAACUGCACAGGAACCCCAAGGCUACAAAUGAGGCACUCGGUAC